UGUGUUCUUGAACCACCGACCACUUGGAUGGGUGAAAUUAAGUGUAGUUUUCCGUGGCGCGAUUGACUCCCUCUCGUUAGUGUCCCUUUGACGUGUGUGUGUGUGUGUGUGUGUGUGUGUAAGUGCGGGCCUCCCCUUGGAGUUGUCUAUUUGGCACCGAUGCUACCGAUGGAGGUCCGCUAUCACUCGUUAGCGUCGCCUCUCUUACGCUUUUCUCCGCUCUUUAUAACACGCAGAGCGCAUAAAUCCUGAUCGCGAACGGAAGGGAGCUAUGCGCGAUAGCCACAGCGAAUGUCCAACGGGCUGGUGCGGACGGUGUUUUCGAUAUGGGAAUGGUUCUAUUUUAGUUUUAAUUAUUUUUCCACCCCAUUCUUAUCCGAUAUGCCGAUGUUCGUGUUUGUGUAUAUGUGUGUUUGUCUGUGAGUGUGCGGGAAUUUGGCUGUUCCUACCUAUUUGCCAUCGGCAACGUUUAGCCGUAGUAACGGUAAUCAGGCAAUAAAUUACGAAUGUAACAAAAAACGAAGGGACGGACGGGACUACCAGUCCUAUUGAAGGCUCUCUGGGGCCGUACCCGAAGUGGAGUAAAAUCAGGUAUUACGGAAACGGAGCCAGUCCCGAGUGCGCCAGAACCGAAACAAUUGAGUCAAAAAAUGCCUCCUCGUGGUAGAUCCGUAGUUACAAUAUCCAUCGUAUAAGAAAUUUCCAAAUGUUUCAAAAAUCAUCCUUGAUCGGAUGUUAUGUCUAUGUUAUUUAUUUUAAACGUAUAGCUACAGAAAGAAAGCUACUGCACCAGCCAGCUAGGGUAAAAGGUUGUUGCCUAGGUAGGAUUCGUAAUUUCAAGCAAUCAUUGGAGCUUUUCCAAGGGAGUUGGACCGAUACUCCCAACAAACUGUAGAGAUUAUCACCGUCAAGAGUGAUUUUUUUUUGUUCUUUUCGACAAGAUAUACGGCCGGAAAUGCCGAACUGCCGCCUGCAGAACUGAUAUUAUGUAAAGAAUUUUACUCAUGGUGUAUUUCGGCCACCAGGGCCAGUGGCAGUGGAGGUGCUAUGAAAACAAGACCUUUCGGGUUGACCUCCCGCUAGUGUAGUGUUGCGUGAGCACGUGUGUGAUACUGUGAAUGGUCAGCAUAAAAUCGUCACCAAAUCGGUAGGAAUAAAGAAGAAUUUAUAAAUGUACGACAGGACUGAAAUCAAAGACGAUCAAACCAAAGCAAGAAGAAAUCGUGGCGGGUUUUCGAAACUAUAGCACCUCGGAAUUCUGUAAUGCACGCAAAUGUGCAUACAGAUCGGGCCGGGGGCGGCGGAGGAUCGUGGCGCCUGCCGCCAGAUGAAACGUUGCAGGUGGCCGAUCCGAAACAGAAGGAAGAGCAGGAUCUAUUUCCUGCCGAAGGACACAAUUGGAGAAGCAUUGUGUUUUCGCUGCUAGUGAUAGGAUUUGUCAUAACCGGUAUAAUAACGGCGAUAUACCUUCUUGGCUAUGUUGACGAGCUGCUCUACUGGUCGGGCAGGCGUAUGAAGUUGGACGAGUUUCUGCAGAAAGAUAUUACGCCUCAGAGGCUACCGUCGGUGUGGAUCAACAAUCAGAAAUUUGUAUUCCAGGCGGAUGAUGGAGGCCUUGCUGUUUUCGACACUGCCACCAACAGUGUAGCCACGCUAGUAACAAAUCAUACUAUGAGACAAAUUAACGUUAAAGGCUACCACUGUUCUCAUGAUUUGAAGUAUGUUUUGUUUAAGCACAAUGUAAAGAAGCAUCAUAGGUUAUCUUUCACGGCUUUGUAUACUGUGUAUGACGUAUCGAAUGACCAUCAUAUGCCGGUACGAUUGAAAGAAUCCCCCAAGGUUCAACGGGCCCGCCUGCAGCAUGCCUCCUGGGCCGGCAAUACUACCGCCAUGAUAAUAGUGGCCGAGAACGAUAUAUACUUGAGACAAUCACCAUCAGACGAAGAGGUUUAUCGCUUAACUUUCACCGGAGAAGAGAACAGAGUCUAUAAUGGUGUACCUGACUGGUUAUAUCAAGAGGAGAUUUUUGAGUCUUUUAGUGCUUUAUGGACCUCAGUAGAUGGCACGCACCUCAUGUACGCCACGUUUAACGACUCGCGAGUUGGCAUGAUGACUUUUCCUUGGUUCACGUCAAACACCGUAAUUGCGGCCAGCGGCGAAGGCAACCGUGAGCUUUUCCCCGUGUCGAAAACUAUACGCUAUCCAACGCCGGGCUCGGUCAAUCCGGAAGUUUCGCUGUGGGUGAUGGAUAUAAGUAAUGUAAGCAAUAUACGAAAAUGGGAAGUAAUCCGUCCAGCUGCUCUCGAAGGACAAGAACACUAUCUUAUAUCAGCUAGCUGGGUAGGCAACCUGAACGAACACGUGUCGGUGGUAUGGAUGACCCGCUCGCAAAACAUUACGGUCGUUUCCUCCUGCUUCAGCCCUACGUGGAAGUGUGUCGAGCAUCAUACGGAGCGGGCGCCAGAAAACGAAUGGCUGGAUAUAUUACCUCAUCCGAUAUUCUCACCCGAUGGGGACAGCUUCCUGUUUAUGGCGGGCAUCCAGGAGACGGGAACGGAGCAUUUCACCCACAUCAAGCACAUCACAAUCACGCAACAGCGGAUGGCUGUGAUUUCCCACGGUCGCUAUGAGGUGAUCCGCAUACUUGCCUGGGACACGGUAAACCACCUGGUCUAUUACUUGGGUACGCACGGGAAAAAGCCCGGCCAGCAGCAUCUGUACGUGGUGAAGGAUCCCGUCAGCGAAGAAGUGCGAAGAACGGAACCGACGUGCAUCACGUGUGAUCUUAGCGAUGUCCUUUGGGGUAGCCGUUACUACUACAGCAACUGUUCGUUCUUUGACGCAUUUGUCAGCUCACAGCCGUACGUUUCGCAACACAUCGGAAUAUCGUACUACAUUCUCGAAUGUAAAGGUCCCGGUCUUCCAUUGGCUGUGGUACAUGCCGCCCAUAAUCACAAACUGAUGCGGGUCCUGUACGACACGAGACCGUUCUACGCGAGCAAACUUCAGGAGCUGGCGCUGCCGUCGCAACGUUCCUUUGAGAUUCCAUUGCCGCAUGGGACGAGAGCAGCAGUACAGUUGCUACUACCUCCGAGCUGGCGUGAGGAGCUACGUGAUGCCGCUUUUCCAGUGCUGGUUGAGGUGAACGGUAAGCCCGGCUCGACGUCCGUGUCGGAAGAGUUUAAGAUCGACUGGGGUACGUACAUGUCCAGCCACAACGAUGUGGUGUACAUACGGUUGGAUGUGCGUGGUGCUCGAGGGCAAGGCAAACAAGCGCUGUACCGUCAUCUGGGAGGUGUUGAGGUGCAGGAUCAAAUUGCAGUGUUGCGAUACCUCCUGGACACGCUCAAAUUCCUCGACGAAACCCGCGUUGGGGUGUGGGGCUGGGGCUACGGUGGCUACGUCACAGCCAUGAUUCUCGGUUCACAGCAGCAUGUUUUCAAAUGCGGUAUCUCGGUAUCGCCCGUUACUGACUGGCUGUACUAUAAUUCCAUCUUUACCGAGCGCAUCCUUGGAGUACCGGCCGAAAACUAUAAAGCGUACGUCGAGGCGGACGCAACGCAAAAGGGACGCCAGAUACCGUCUUAUUCGUACUUCUUGAUACACGGCCUAGCCGACGUAACUGCACCGUACCAGCACGGUAUCCAGCUCGCUCGUUCCCUAUCCGAGUCCGGGACGAUAUUCCGAUACUUGAGCUACGCCGACGAGGGUCACGAUCUUACGGGUGUGAUCGAGCAUGUGUACCGGUCGAUGGAGGAUUUCUUGCGGAACUGUCUAUCGCUCGAUUCCGACGAAGACAAACCAACGGAAUCGAAUGUACCGCAUGAGUAAGGGAAAGCAACCACACAACCACACGAAAAGAUGUGCGAUUCAACAGUACUGUUGUGCAAAUUGUUUUACCGUUUUUCGUUAAGGAGGUAGCGAACAAAUAUUGUUGUGUUCUUGUUGUACAAUUUUGUUUGUUUUCGCUAGCUCGUAUUACGCAAACUUAAUUGCUGCUGCGACUUCGACUGCUGUGUUUUGCUCUCACCACAUAAUAGAUGGACGUACGGUAACUGAUAGGUUCUAAAGACAAAUAGACAUAUCAGAGAAAUAUGGUAACAUAAUAGCCACGGCAGAGCAGCAACAUAAACGCAAAAUCACGGUACGACCGCUACAACAGACCGGAUCAGAGUACACCCAUUACAAGUAUGGCGACCAUACAAAACAAACAACCCAUGUAUAUGUCGUCGCGAAACGCACUGUUUUAUAAUUGCAUGGAAAGUGGGGAAUAAAAUAUGCCUGCUGAACUUCCGAACAUCUAUUACAAAGCAUAUACAGAGCCAGACAAUGAUGAGAGGAUAACGUAUACACACUUCAAGGAGCUUUCUAAAGACAAUGGAAAAGAACGCAAAUGCGUAUUGAGGAAAAAACAAUCAAAAAAGACACACGACAAAAUGAGGCGAAAAGAUACAGAGAAAAAAGAAAGAGGGAGAGAGAAAGAAUGAGAGAGUGUGUGAGAGAUAGAGAAAGAAAAAAGAAAGAAAGAAAGAAAGAAAAAGGAUAGGACAAACGAACGUACAGAAAUUAAAGUCAUCCAAUGGCAAACUGGGUAUAUGCAGGAAAAUUAUAAAGAAGAAGAAUAGUUUGAAUAACGCGAACAAGGAAUUUAAUAGCAAAGCAGUCAAACAAGCAAAACAAAAUCAAAUAAAUUGAUUAACGAAAACAGAAACAGUCCUACUUACAAUAACGAAACUGAUGAGUGAGUUUUUUCUUCUCCUUUAACGUCUAUUUAAGUGUAAUUGUAGCAAAUCAAAACAAUGAAAUCGAAAACUUAAACAGCGAAUCAAAAUACAAAAUAAACCCGAAAUGGCACCACCAACGUAUGCAAAAGCAGCAAAGCAAAAACCGCUAACGCAAACAAUACAACAGAAAAACUUAACUUUACAUAGCUGAAACUGUGCAACCGCAAACUGUGUCUACGUCACGUAAAACUAGGAUUUAGUUACGUUAUUAUCGCUAGGUAAAAGUAAACUAAGCGCAAAGCUGUGCAAAGUUAUUGUUUAGUGAAGAAGUAUGCGAACCGGUACACUCACUAGCAAAUCAAUACACACCCGAAGGUACACAAAAAGAGAGAGAGAAAGAGAGAGAAAGAGAGAGAGAGAGAGAGAGAGAGAGAGAGAGAGAGA